CACAAACCCCCCGAUUCCGAGUUUCCAACCUCUUUUCUCUUCUCUCGUCACUCCCUCCUUCAAACCUUUUCUGCAGUUCGGCAGUUGAACUCUGAAGAUCCGACCUGAAUUAUUCCGGCCAGAUCCGCUCCUACUCUAUUUGGGAUCGAUCUACUUCUUCACUGCUACCAUUAACGAGAUCUAUCUACUUCUUAACUGCUACCAUUAACGAGUUUUUCGCACCAAUCAAUCCAGGCAAUCGGCCAUGGACUUAGAGAUUGAUGCCCAAAAGUUGAAGAAAAUCAGAGAAUUUUGAUCAGGUUAUAUUCCAGAAUAUAUCAGCCUGCCCAUUGUUCAUUUUGUCUUAUUGUCCAAUGGAGCGAGAGCAACCCUUUCCUUUCUUUGUUCUCUGAGCCUCCCUCUUGAGCAACCCUAACUCGAAUCCCAGACAAAAAUAAACAUCCACAACUCUCCAUUGAAAUUUGGUUCAUAAUUAUGCGCCAAUGGACAUACGAAUCGCACACUGGAUUGUUGAAUUUAUGAUUCUACAACCAAUCGAAGAUUGCGUGGUGAACACUCUUCUUUAUGUCCUUCCCCUCUCGGACAAUGAUCUCCGUCUCAAGAAGGCAAUACUUUUAAGGAGAAUCUCUUCAGAAGUAUCCAAUGGUUCCGUUUCGGAGAGGGUUCUUGAAUCRCUAGAAAGGAUUGAAGAGUUAGAGUAUAUGGAAGGAAAUUCCAUUCUGGAAUCGAUGAAGGAAGCUUAUUGCGCGGUAGCAGUUGAUUGUACAGUGAGGUUAUUACGGGAGGGUCCGGGCAAGCGUGCUGAUUAUUUUGAUUCAGUCAAGAGGACCUGGAUGGCCAGGAUAGGCAAAAUGAUUUCAGGAAAAGCUGGGUUGGUUUCGGAACAAUUGAAAGAGACGUUGGCACAGAUCGAGGCGACAAAAUGGAGUGCCACCGGUUGUCAAAAUGUCUUAAACAAGGAUACGCGAAAUGAUGCUCUUAGACUGCUAAAAAUUUUUCUAAACGAGGCAAGAGAAGCAAUGUUCCCCUCUUUUCUGGAAUUCACAGCUGAAAAGAUGAACGAGAUGGGAUUGGAAAAGAACGAUUUUAGUAGUGUCUCAAUACCUGAUCAAGUUGGAUUGGGACAGAGAGCAGCGAGUUCAACUCUCGUCCCCGAGGGAGAUAAGAAUUCUGAAAUGCCUAUAAAUAUACCUACGGAAGAUGGCAAGAAAGUGAUGCUUCAUUCAUCGUCUAUUGCAAGAAUGGGUGUGGAUACUGCAUGUAAUAAAUAUGAUUGCUUGCCGACACCUGAAGUUAGUAAAAUACAAGAAGCUCUCAAGUCAAGUACUUCAGAUCUACAAACAUUGGUGAAAGACCCUCUUCUUGAUGCUUUACACAUUGCAGAAACUGUACUGUCAAACACUGCAAGAGAAAACAUGAAUCAUAAACCUUCGGAAGAAAAUCAAGAUAAGGUAGAUGCUGCUGUAUCAAGCCAUGAUAAUGAGGGCAUCGUGGAGGUUCAAGCAAAGAACAGUAAUAUUGGAAACCAGAGUUAUCAGAAUAUGCCAAGGCCUAGUUUGAUGGAACGGAAUAGUACUGCCCGCACUUAUGAGUGGGAUGAUGCUCAGGACCGACCUGAAGGAUCAUCAAGUCAUUCAGAGAAAGUUCACUUACCUAGCCCAAAGAAAAGGUCUCUUUCUCCCUUAAAGAAGUACGAAACGAUGAAAUUUGCUAGGAGGAGGAAGACUAAGAGGUGGAGUUCAUUGGAAGAAGAAACUUUGAGAGCUGCUGUAGAAAAGUAUGGAAGAGGGAAUUGGAAGUUCAUUUUAAUUAGCUAUCGUGAUGUAUUUGAAGAGAGGACUGAGGUUGAUUUGAAGGACAAGUGGCGAAAUAUGACACGCUAGUAAUAUUUUUUGCUCCUUUUUGGAUCUUUACAUAAGAGGAGGUUGAUGGAGCUUGGCUGUACUGUGGAUAUGUUCAGGGACACCUCUAUGUAGGAUUUAAAUGACAAUGAUGAAUCGAUGACUCAUAGGCAUAAGAGGAUUGUACAAGGUUAACUUGGUGAAUUUUCCUAGCUUCCCCUUUUUCUAUGUAAAUGAUUGCUGUCUGUAAUAGCAUCCUGUUUAUUACUGAAUGAAGAACAACAAUACAAUCUUGUGUUCAGACUAUUUUUAUUCUUUUUGACUUGAACUCAUGAAAGGAAAGAGUUGCAUUGAUCAACAA